AUGCGUCCGGCUCUCCAAAAGCUGGUGCAGAGGCCGAAUGUGAGGGAGCUGCUGCGGUUCUUGGUGGAAGGAAACUAUGCUCAGAGCUAUGCGCCGGCGAAUAUUGGGAAUGGAGAUUGCAGAAGGAGAUUUUGUGGAUGGAUAGGAUGCGUGCGAGAACCCAGGAGGAGAAAUUAUGCUAGUGUGGCUUCAGCUGCGAGUAAGCAGGAUGAGUGUUCGCAGGAAGGACGAGAGGAUGGAAAAGGUCCCAAAUACCACGAAUGGGCACAAGCGAAGGACUGUUCAAUAGAAGGGACUGGGGAUACAGCACCUACGGGGGAUAUGGCCAUGAGACUGCUUAGAAGAGCACAAGUACCGUCAGAAUCGCGGGCAGGGACAGGGAGAGCGACAUUUUCGACUCCGGAUACCCACCCUCUCCCACCAGAACCCGGGGGUCUUCAGUUGGUCGAAAGAGUUAUGCCGCCAGGGAACGAACCCGACUUGGCUGACACUCAGGAGCUGGAGGAGGAGAAAGGGAGACAUGAAGUCUUAUCAUCUAAGCGGCUUCCGAGGCCCGCACCGGUACCUCUCUCACCAGCUAUCCUACCCCCGGUGGCGAAAACGAUACUGGGAAAUGUAUCAGCUGUGUCAAGCAAUCGAUGGGAGGAAACGAAGUGGACUCACGAGCAGCUCGAUUUUGAGUCGAGUCUUGACCAGUGGCCUCUACCAGAGGGUAGCAAGGGGCGACUACUGGAUUCUGCCACCUUCUCCCACGACUUUGAUCUCUGGGCUCUAUUUCUCGGCUACAGAAAGAGGAUCUAUGGCACUGAGGGUGUACGCCUAUUCUGGAAUCAGAUCCGAGAAAGAGGCAUUCUGAUACCUACGGCUGGACCUCUGGCCGACCAAGUCUGGUCUACAUUCGUGGAUCUAGGCAUAGAAGACCCUUCUGUGUUGCCUCAAAUAAUCGACUACGCCGACUUGGUGUUGCAACAUGAUGGAAGGCGUUGGUCGAAACUUUACUCUCGAAUCAUCCAGCAACUUCUAACAUCUGACCAUGCAAAGCUUGCUCACAAGUGGCAUAAACGACUGAUACAAAAUCAUCCACCUGGGCCUAGAGGAUUCGCCGAAAUGUGUCGUCAUAUCGUGUUUAAAUCGGGUGAUCUCGUCGCCUUGCGAAUCAUACAUCGGCAGUGCCCCUAUCGAAAUACAUAUGGGAAAAUUAUCCCAGCCCUGUGUGAGAAAGAGGAUUUCACCACCGCCACAAAGUGGCAUGACUAUCUGGUAGAUCUGGGCGAUUUACCAAGUUCAGCCAAGAUGGCGUACCCUUUAAUUCAACACUACGAUAAGUAUAAACCUCUGCGAGCCAGACGGCUGGUCAGCAGUCUUGUUAAUGCUGGAGUUCCAUCGGCCGAUACUUUGGCCAAAGGUUACGAAGGGUACCAAGGUAUCUCUCGCGAGAUGAUGAACUUAAUCCACGGAGAGACACACAAUAUUCCCGUGAAGCAAUAUAAUGAUAAGCUUGGAGCUAGAUGGUUUGCCACCGAAUGGAUUUCGCUGGACGUCGCUAUCAACGGAGUAACUGCUCUAGGAGUCCAGUCGAUUGGCCCUCUCUCGCUGCAAGCAAUGGUACUACGAGAGCCAGAUCUCAAACUAAUAUAUUCGAGAAUCGCCCAAUUGCGAGCUGGCGGCGUCUCUAUCGGUAACUCGCUCUACUCCCAGGCCGUGGAGAGCUUCGCCAAAGAUGGGAAGUAUGAUCUACUCGCUAGCCUUCUAAACAGCGACCAACAUCCCGACGAGCUUGAGAAUUUUGAGCUCCAAGAAUCCUUGCUCUCGGCAUAUGUUAAAGCUGGAGACUGGGCUCAGUAUCGCAGGACGAUGGCGAUCAGGCUCCUGUCGAGCACGUCGCCUGAGAGCGAGAAGCAAAAUAUUGAGUUGAGGGUUAUCGCUUCUACUGGGAAUGUCCCAUCUGUUCUCAAUGGUGUCGAGGAUAUGAUCAUCAACGGGAUAGAAUUCGAGCCCCGGACCAUAACCUGUCUUAUCCGAUCUAUCCUCUUCUCUCGACAAAAGGGACGGCAUCCGAUGUCUAGAAGACGAGAUCCUCACUCGUCUAACCGACCAACCGACCUUGACAGUUGUAUUCUAAUGCUGAAAAGCAUCGUCCGAUGCGGAGCUUACAUCGAGCCGCAAGAUUGGCACGAGAUAAUCCGCCGCCUCGGAAUGCUCGGACGCCUCCACGAACUGAAAGAACUCCUUCUUUGGCUGGCGAACGUGUAUAGAGGCAAUUGCUCCACCAGCUGGGCCAAAAAGUACCACGUGCCACGCGAAGUCCAGACAAGCGUUCCUCAACAUCCACUCCGUACUCUCUUCGCUCCCGACCUCCAGCGCGCCAUUGUAGAAUGGGGCUUCAUCACCAAUUCCCGCCAUCAGAACCUCCAGCUCUCAGCUCAAAGACAACUCCACACCAGAACCAACGAACCCCGCCAACUCACCUGGGGGAUUCUCCUCCUGCGUGAUCUUAACAGACUCGGUGUUUUCAUCGACGGCCGCGCUGUCAGGAAAUCAAUCUUUGAUCGCCUCAUUACAUACUACGGACCCGGCCACUCCAACAAGUUGUACAACUCGACUUUCGCAGUCCGGCUUCCUGAGUUGGAAGUCGUGGCGAGAGAGAUAGACGAGGCCCUCGGUGGGGAUUAUUUCGCCUCCGUGAAGCUUGGCGAGAUUGUAGAGAGGAAGGCUAUGGUGAGAUUGCAGAAGUUGGCUAGGCGGAGGGCGAAGGGUUCAGGGAAGAUUAGUCGGGAUGUGAGGAUUGAACGGCUGAGGAAGGACUCGAGACUUUUGGAUGAUGAUAUGUGUUGGGAGACACGAGGGAUGGAGGGCAGUGCUUAG